AAAAAUAGAUAGUCAGUCCAGAAAGGAGGCACAGGGUUUCUUUCACAAAAUCAAAACACCCUAAAAACAAACCCAAAUCACACUUUCACUUCUGAUCUCAAAUCUCACCUUCACACACGAUGACUUUCCACCGCGUAACAAAACUGUUCUCAUCAAUCGCCUCCAACAACCGCCGCAACUUCUCAUCAACCCCCUCUCCGGCGGUGUUCGUCGACAAAAGCACACGCGUGAUCUGUCAAGGAAUAACAGGCAAAAACGGAACGUUUCACACCGAACAAGCGAUCGAAUAUGGAACGAAUAUGGUUGGUGGUGUUACUCCGAAGAAAGGUGGAACGGAACAUUUAGGGCUUCCGGUUUUCAAUUCUGUUGCGGAAGCGAAAACUGAAACGAAAGCGAAUGCUUCUGUUAUUUAUGUUCCUCCUCCUUUUGCUGCUGCUGCUAUUAUGGAAGCGGUUGAAGCUGAGUUGGAUCUUGUUGUUUGUAUUACUGAAGGGAUUCCUCAACAUGAUAUGGUACGAGUUAAAGCAGCACUCAACAGACAGUCCAAAACUCGAUUGAUAGGACCAAACUGUCCUGGUAUCAUCAAGCCUGGGGAAUGUAAAAUCGGUAUCAUGCCAGGUUACAUUCAUAAACCUGGACGCAUAGGAAUUGUUUCUCGUUCCGGAACUUUGACAUAUGAAGCGGUUUACCAAACAACUGCUGUUGGCCUUGGACAAUCCACAUGUGUGGGUAUUGGAGGAGAUCCCUUCAAUGGAACAAACUUUGUUGACUGUCUUACAAAGUUCCUAGCAGAUCCUCAAACAGAAGGUAUCAUUCUUAUAGGAGAGAUAGGAGGAACUGCAGAAGAGGAUGCUGCUGCUCUAAUUAAGGAAAGUGGGACUGAGAAGCCUGUUGUUGCAUUUAUUGCUGGAUUAACUGCUCCCCCUGGCCGUCGUAUGGGACACGCUGGAGCUAUUGUGUCGGGUGGCAAGGGUACUGCUCAAGACAAAAUCAGCACCCUCAGGGAAGCUGGAGUGACAGUUGUGGAGUCCCCAGCUAAAAUUGGAGCUGCCAUGUUUGAAAUUUUCAAGCAGAAGGGCUUAGUGCAAUAGUUUGAGGUUAAUUUAAUUUCAUCAAGUCACUUCGGUUUUGAUUUGACUACAACAUGGUCAAAAUACUUGAUUCCCAUUGAUAGUAAUGGGAUAUUUUUUUUUCUAUUUUAUUUUUCUAAGAUAUGAGAAGCGCCUUAGAAUAAAAUUAAUUCAAGAUGCUUUUUCCGGAAAUUCGAUACAUUCCAAUUGAGCUCCAGCUUGUGGCGCUGGUUUGUAAACAUGUGUAGUUAAUUUGCAAUGAAUUUCAAACAGCUUCAAAUUUUUAUUGUCUGCAAGGUUGGUCAGUUAUUUGAUCUACAUAUUUUCGUCCGACCAA